GGGGAAAUUACAUGUAUUUAUUUUGUAGGACUAAUCCAUUUUGCCUCUUUCUCACCCUCGGAUGUUUCCGCAUUGGAUAGUUUAAGAUGCGUCCAUGGAUGCGUCUCGUAUUUGUGUCGGAGGCGCUGCCUGGAAGUCCGUACUGAGGGAGAAAUGACUGCCGGAGCUCAGAGUCCAAGCUGCUUUCACCAACAACGAACUCUUCCGGCAGCAGCGACCGGAGACCACCACGGGAGUUUCACGGACUGGGGACGUGUUCUGGUUUUUGGUUUAAAGUUUAUAAAGUUUGCGAGCUCCUCUGCAUGAGUUGUUCGCUUUGCAACAUCAACAACUAUGGCCAAAGAAGUUUCAGAGCUCCGUGUCCCGGUCCCGUGGGGGGAGAUCAGAGGUCGAGUGUGGGGUCCUGAUGAUGGUUAUCCUGUGCUGUGCCUGCACGGCUGGGCUGACAACUGUGGUUCAUUCAACACCCUCAUUCCCCUUCUGCCUAAAGAGUGCAGAUAUGUGGCGCUGGAUCUCGUGGGUCACGGCCUGUCAUCUCACCUUCCUCCUGGAGUUUUCUACUCUCAUGCUGCAUAUGCGUUGGACCUAAGAAGAGUUGUUGUCGCUCUGCAGCUGAAGAAAUUCUCCAUCAUCGCUCACAGUAUGGGUGGUCACAUUGCAGGAAUGUUCACUGCUUUGUAUCCUGAGAUGGUAGAUGCUCUUGUUCUGCUUGACACUUAUGGAUUUCUACCUAAAGAUUCAGCACAGCUACCAGAAGUGAUGAGGCAUGUCAUGGAUGCAAUGAUUCAGUUUGAGAGUAAAAACAAAGAGAAGACAAGAAUUUACACUCAUGAAAAGGCAGCUGAAAGGCUAAUGGCUGCAAACCAAAGUCUGUCUGAACAGUCUGUCCACAUCCUUUUAGAGCGAGGUCUGACUGCAGUCCAAGGAGGGUUCAUAUUCUCCAGAGACCUGAGAGUUAAUUUUAAAAACAUGAUGGCCGUGAGUUUGGAGCAGAGUCUGGUGAUGCUGUCGAAGAUCCGAGGCUCUGUUUUGCUCAUUUUGGCGGGAGGUGGUUCUGACAGAAUGCUUGCUGAACCGGCUAAGGCUACAUUCACUUCCAAACUUCUCCAAAGUUUUCGGGAUGGAAACCACUCGGUGGUGACGGUGCCGGGCCAUCACCACCUUCAUCUGGAUAAACCUGAAGUCGUUGCUCCCUUUGUGUCUGACUUUUUACAAACUAAAGUGCUGUCACAGUCCAACUUCCUCGUGCACAAGUUAUGAGAGAAUGAAUCCCUCACAGUCACAGUCAAGUCUAAUACCUCUCAUGCUGCACGGUACAGAUCGACAUCACCUGUUUAUUGAGUUCAGUAAAGUUUUUGUCUGUGUAAAUUAAAGAUGAAACAUUAUCUUCACACAGGACAGCUCGCCCCGGAAAUCUACCCGAGUUGCUUAUUCACACAUGUCUCCAACACUGUGAAGUUUCCCCCGGCCUGAUUCAGGGGGGAUGGUGGGUUCAGAAAUAAUCUGAAGCAUCUUCAUUACCAGAGCGAGCUGAUCGCACGAUCUGAAUGUCAUCACUCCUGCCCACUCGUGGUGAAUGUUAGAGACUUUGACCUGAGUCUUUGGCACUUUUUCUCGCCCCUACUUCAGAGUUAAAUUUACUUUGAGGGCUGGAAUGAAAAAGUCUGAGUGAAGUCUGGAAGAACAUUUCUUCUGAUUACGUUCACACUUGCAUUUGCCGUAAGGAUUUUUCAGGACUUUUGUGCAAAACACCACAUGAAACUGCACGAAGAGGGGCAUCAGUAAAUAAUUGUGCUAUGGAGAAAAGAUGUUUUUUAAAUGAAAAAUAAACUGUGUUUACAUUAACAAUAAUAUAAAAUA